GGCCGAGAGCCUCAGCGACCAGCAGCUGCGGCACCUCGUGGCCCUGCACCAGCGCCUCGUCGACAACGUCAGAGCCUUGCAAGGCUGGUGACGUCCACGUUGAGUCUCAUGGCACCCGACCCGGUCCUGUACAUGUUCCUCAUGAUGCCGACCCUGGCCGUCGUGAUCGCCAUCAAGUGCUCCGUGGCCGACGAGCUGCUGGCCUGGAGUGUGGCCCUCGCAAACGCGGUGUAUGCAAGCCCGUGGCUCAGCUCUCCGCGAAGCUUCCGGCUCAUGGCGCUAACGGUGCUCACCAGGGCGCAGCGACCACAGCUUGUUGCCGUGCGGUUCUUGGGCCGCCUUGACCGACCUAUUGCCAGUGAAAUAUUUAAACGAUGGUACACUUUCGUGCAGGUGCUCAGUGAAUACUGA